AUGCCUCCUCCACUCCCCUCCCACCACCGGGGAAUGACCGCGAACCCGCUCAAGCCCGUGGGUCGCUACCGACCUGGAAAGCCAGUCGCAGAAGAGCCUUCAUCAUCAGAAGAGGAAGAGGAAGAGGACAUCGAAGCACAAAAAGAACAAGAACGGCGCCGACAAGCUGAGGCGCAGCGCCGAAGACAGGCGCCCAAGGCGAGCUCAUUCCCCGCGGCUGCAGCUCGCAAAAUUCAGGAAGAGUCGGAUGAGGACGAGGAAGGAUUUGAAACCGAAGACGACGAAGAUGAACCAGCGCCAGCACUUAAAGCGACAUCUGCGCAGCCUCGGCCGGAUGAAUUAGAACCUACCGCACAAAAGUCUGCUCCGGUAGCAGCGCCGGAAGAAAGCGAAGAAGAAAGCGAGGAAGAGAGUUCAGAAGAGGAGAGCAGCUCUGAGGACGAGGCGCCUCGGAGGAUGUUGAUACGGCCUACCUUUAUUAAGAAAGAUAAGAGAGGCAAUGGUGCGCAAGGCGAAGGCCAGACCAAAGACGCAGCUGGUAUUACCGACUCGGCAGCGGAGGACGAAGCGCGCCGCGCGCAAAGACAAGAGAAAGCAGACCAGCUAGUACGGGACCAGCUCGAGAAAGAGGCAAUUGCACGCUCAGCCGGGAACCGAGCCUGGGACGACGACGAACUGGUGGAAGCAAAUGAGGAAGCCGAAAUCGACGACCGCGAUGGCAUAGACCCGGACGCCGAGUACGCAGCCUGGAAGCUGCGCGAGCUAAAGCGGGUUAAGCGCGAGCGCGAAGCCAUCGAAGAAGCCGAGAAGGAGCGCGAAGAGAUCGAGCGCCGCCGCAACUUGACUGCGGAGGAGCGAGACCGCGAAGAUCGCGAGUUCAUUGCGAAACAGAAGGAGGAACGCGAGGCCACGCGCGGUCAGACCGGGUUCAUGCAGCGCUACUUCCACAAGGGAGCUUUCUUCCGCGACGACUUGGAGCGCGAGGGACUGGAUCAGCGCAAUUUGAUGGGCCGGCAGUUUGUGGAUGAGAGUUCGCGCGAGACGCUGCCUCAGUACAUGCAGGUCCGUGAUAUGACCAAGCUCGGCAAGAAGGGUCGCACUCGCUAUCGGGAUCUUAAGACGGAGGAUACGGGUCGCUUCGGUGAAGGAUAUGAGAAUCGGCGGCGUGAUAAUGCUCUGCCGGUGGGCAUUACAGAUGAGCGGUUCAUGCCUGACAGGAGGGAUGAUAAGCCUCAGGGUCCUACGGGAGCCAAUGCCAGUGCUGUUCAACCAAGACGGAGAUCGAGGUCUCGCUCUCCACGACGAGAUUGGCACGACGAGCGGAGUCGAUCAAGAGAGCGUCGGAAACGCAGCCCUUCACCCUACGAAGACCGGGACAAGCGCCGACGGGUGGACAGUUCAUGA